UGCGAUAAUGUGGUUCGGAUUAUUAGUUCAAUCGAUCGACUCGCAGUGUUUUUCGAGCAAUUUCGCCAAUCGUAUCGAAAAAAUGUUCAAAUCUUCCUUGAUAUUAUUAUUCGCUGGGAUGGUAGUCCUGCUAUUUUUUGCCGGAACCACCCGCUCUGUGUGCAUACGAAGAGGGGAGUUUCACAAAAUGACAGCUGGCUUGCAAAAAAUGAAUUUGAACAGUCGUUUGGCUCGUACCAGAUAUAAGAUGACACUAUCGGAUUGUCUUGCGAAGCAUGGGAAACAAGAGGAAUGUCUAGCAAAGCUUGGGAACCAACAACCGAGAAGAUUGAUUUCGACGAAACUGAAAGAUUUAGUUAAAGAUUUCAGGUCAUCUAUCGGAAAGGACCCAAACCGGUGCCGUUAGUUGGAGUCAAAAUUAAAAUUCGCGUUUUUCUUCUGUAUUAAAACCUUAAAACUUGUCAUUGUAUACUUUUUUUUUAAUUCAAAGCACAAAAGCUAAUAUUCAUUAUGUAGAAUAUUUUAGUCAUUAAAUUUAUUAUGCUGUGUCGCCAAAGUUCAUGCAUUGUUCGACGAAGGGAAUCAUUAAAAAAAACUAUACGAUUGGCUUUGAAGGCGAAGACCUUGUUGAAAUGAUCAUUCACAAAAGAUGUGACGUACUGUAAAGGAAAUUCAAUUUAUUACUUCAUUAAUAAUUAUAACAAGUUAUGUAUUACAUUCCAUGUAAGAUUCCAUAACAUUACUCGACGACUUGAUUCAUAACGAAAAAUAUGCUAAAAUUGAUUUUUAAAAAAAGAAAAAAUCAUUCAUAAAUUGUUAUGAAUAAUAUUCAUCCCCAUA